UCCUGGUUCAUAGGUGGAUGCUCAGCCCCUGAGCCACGCCGGCCGGGCUGUUUGAUUUUGUUUCUCAGCGUCCUGUAAUGGUUGUUCUCUUUGCAAAACUUCUGCAGAGCCGAAGCCUACGAGGCGCUGAAAGAGCGUUGUGACCUAAACGCGAGUGUUUCCUAAUGACGCGGUUUUCCUCUUCCGUCUUUCCAGUUCGAUUUCUCACGCAGGCCACCUGGUCGCUGCCCUCACCGCCAUGGAGCUGCAUCUCUUUGACUACUCGGAACCCGGGAACUUCUCCGACAUCGGCUGGCCCUGCAACAGCAGCGACUGCAUCGUGGUGGACACGGUGACCUGCCCCAACAUGGCCAACAAGAGCGUCCUGCUCUACACGCUGUCCUUCGCCUACAUCUUCAUCUUCGUCAUCGGCAUGAUCGCCAACUCCGUGGUGGUCUGGGUGAACAUCCAGGCCAAGACCACCGGCUACGACACCCACUGCUACAUCUUAAACCUGGCCAUCGCCGACCUGUGGGUGGUGGUCACCAUCCCGGUCUGGGUGGUCAGCCUUGUGCAGCAUAACCAGUGGCCCAUGGGCGAGCUCACGUGCAAGGUCACCCACCUCAUCUUCUCCAUCAACCUGUUCGGCAGCAUCUUCUUCCUCACCUGCAUGAGCGUGGACCGUUACCUGUCCGUCGCCCACUUUGCCAACACCUCGAGCCACAGGAAGAAGGUGGCUCGCCGUGUCGUCUGCGUCCUGGUGUGGCUGCUGGCCUUCUGCGUGUCCCUGCCCGACACCUACUACCUGAAGACCGUCACGUCUGCCUCCAACGAGACCUACUGCCGGGCCUUCUACCCGGAGCACAGCGUCAAGGAGUGGCUGGUCAGCACGGAGCUGCUGUCCGUGGCCUUGGGCUUUGUCAUCCCUCUCUGUGUCAUCGCGGUCUUCUACUUCCUGCUGGCCCGCGCCAUCGCGGCGGCCGGCGACCAGGAGAAGCACAGCAGCCGGAGGAUCAUCUUCUCCUACGUGGUGGUCUUCCUGGUGUGCUGGCUGCCCUACCACGUGGCGGUGCUGCUGGACGUGUGCUCCAUGCUGCACGUCCUCCCCUACUCCUGCCAGCUGGAGAGCCUCCUGUUCACCGCCCUGCACGUAACGCAGUGCCUGUCGCUGGUGCACUGCUGCGUCAACCCCGUGCUCUACAGCUUCAUCAACCGCAACUACAGGUACGAGCUGAUGAAGGCCUUCAUCUUCAAGUACUCGGCCAAGACGGGCCUCACCAAGCUCAUCGACGCCUCCAGGGUGUCGGAGACGGAGUACUCCGCGUUGGAGCAAAACACCAAGUGAUGCGAGUCUCCGGACGGGACGGACGCGUGUGUAGCUGUCCGCGGGGCUCCCGGCCACCUCGGGGCUCGAGACCCAGGCAGCGUGCGGGGAGGCGAGUCCCUGUGCGCCUCCCUGCGUCUCCCGUGCCAGGGUGGCUGGGACCCCGGCGGUGCGUCAGGCUGGCCGGGCCGCCCACGGGUGCGGCUCACCCGGGCCUGCGGCCGGAGGGCGGGGCUUGCUGCACUUUUGUACUAUAGGACUUUCUGUUUCCUGAAGGUUUUCUAUGGUGGUUUGUAUUUAAAUGCCGAGACUUUAUUUUCUCGCUCUCGCUGUACCUUAUAAAUGUAUUUGAAAGUCUAAGUAUAUUUUAAAUGUAUGGGAAGUGUAACGCUGACAUGUACUCCGUGUUGUAGUUUGAAAGUGAGUGUGACUUCGGUUUUGACUAAGGAUGACAAUGACUGUUGGCUGUUGUGAAAUUAUAUAUAAAUCUAUAAAUCUAUGCCGGCCUCGGCGGAAAUGUUCUAUUCACAACAGCCUUCUACGUGGGGCGCUUUGUCCUGGCGUGGGGUGUGCGACGAGGACUGCCCUGUGACGCAGUUUCUGACGUGAAUAAUAUCUGUAAACUUAUACUGAAAACAGAAAAAAAACAACAAAAAAAGGCAAAUUGUUCCGGCCUGCGACGCUGUGCAUAGAACAGAGAGCCGUAGGCCAGAGUUCGCUCAACCUGUAAGUUAUUUUCUUAAAAAUAAAGAUUUUUUUUUUCCUAAAA